UCCAACUUCAGUUUCUUCAGAAGCGCCAUGGAGUGCAGAGCUGUUCCCAUUCUUCCCACCUACUCACAAGCCUGCGGUACUUCCCUGCCUCGAAAGCCAUCCCUCUGCCGGACACUCUUCGAUUACGGACCUCUUAAUGAUCCUGUGAUUAUUCUCAUUACCCUAGCCGUUGUGGUUGGAUCUUUCUGCCUCCUCAGUGGUUUCAUUCUGCUCUGUGUGGUGUCGAAAGCAUGGCAGGAUGAGACAUCCGAGGCUAUUCUGCUGAUGGCGAUUGGAUUCUUUAUCACUGCCCUCUCCUGCGUAUCCUGGAAACUGACAAGAGCCCAGCGAAUCAAUCAUCUAGUGGAUGUCCUUAGUGUAGAAACCCAAACUAUCUGACUUAAGAGUAUUAUUUAUCGGUCAUAAGUAAACCAACUAUAGAAUAAGUGAGAGACAAACUGAAGCGUACAAAGAUGAACACAAUAACUUUAUUUAUAUUUCAUUGAUUUAAUGGUAAAAAAAGAAAUUGAUUUCAUUAUCUUAAUGACCUAUUUGCUAAUCUUUUUUGCUCUUAUAAGUAGACAGACAGCAAGCGAUUAGAAAAGCACUUAAAAAUUAUACGAUUUCUAGUUAAA